UCUCUGGUAACUCAUCUGGUGUCAUGGCAGAGCUCAGCUUCAAUGUGGAUCAUGGUUAUCUGGAGGGUCUGGUUCGAGGGAUGAAGGCUGGGAUUCUGACUGUAAAGGAUUAUCAGAAUCUGGCCCAGUGUGAUACACUUGAAGACAUGAAGCAGCACCUGCAGAGUACAGACUACGGUCAGCUCCUGUCAUCAUCUGAGGAGGAGCUGACUGUGUCUCUGGUGGACAACCGGCUGAGGGAGAACCUGGUGGCCGAGUUCAGCUGCCUGCGCUCCAACGCCUUGCCCCCUCUCUCCACCUUUCUUGAUUAUGUAAGCUACAGCUACAUGAUCGACAAUGUGGUGUUGUUGAUCACCGGGGCCCUGAAACAGAGGGACGUGUCAGAGCUCCUCCCACGAUGUCACCCACUGGGCGCUUUUGACCAAAUGGCAGCUGUGGGAAUCGCCCGCACUCCGACUGAGCUCUACUCAGCUGUGCUGGUGGACACGCCACUUGCUCAGUUCUUCCAGGAUGCUGUGUCCGAGUCCAGCCUGGAUGAAAUGGAGGCUGAGAUCCUGAGAAACAAACUGUACAAGUCAUAUUUAGAGUCCUUCCACUUCAUCUGCAAAAACAUUGGCGGAGCCACUAAAGACAUAAUGUGUCCAGUCCUGGAGUUUGAGGCAGACCGAAGGGCCUUCAUCAUCACAGUCAACUCCUUUGGGACAGAGCUCAGCGGCACAGACAGAAGCGCUCUUUAUCCGUCAUGUGGCAAACUCAACCCUGAAGGAUUGCAACUGCUGGCCAAAGCCGAAGACCACGAGCAGGUCAAAGCUGUGGCAGACUGUUACCCAGACUACAACAUCAUCUUUAAUGACCCAGAGCCAGGAUCAGCUUUUAAGACUUUGGAGGACAGAUUCUUUGAACAAGAGGUUAAGCUGAACGCACUUGCUUUCCUGCAGCAGUUCCACUACGGUGUGUUUUAUUCGUACAUCAGACUGAAAGAGCAGGAGAGUCGCAACGUCGUGUGGAUUGCCGAGUGUGUCACCCAAAGACAGAAGUCCAAGAUUCACAACUACAUACCCAUCUUCCAGGGCUGAGCAUUAAAAAUAAAAUAAAACAUGUAUUAAAAAACAGCUU